CCCACUAUAAUGGGUGGCUCUGUAUAAAAGACGGCACAGUCACUGUCAAAUGCACAGUCAAACCGAUUGAACUAUCUUCACCAACUCGCAGUUCUUAUUUUCCAGUAUGAAGUUCGUUAUCCUCGCUGCUUUGUUGGCUGUAUCUGCCGCGUCCUAUAAUAAUAAUAAAGCGCCGGUUAACUUUGGUUCAUUGGCUUACUCCGACUCAGCCAACUCUGCACCCAAUUAUCUCACAUCAGUUAACUCGGUUAACACCGAAACGGUUUAUUCCACGCCGAUUACCCCCGUCCUAACUUAUUCUGAGGUUGAUAACGUUUCGCCCGUCUCUGAACCAGCAGACUACGAAACUACUGAAGCCGGUGCAAAUGAAGAAGAAGAAGAAGAAGAAGAAGAACACGACGAAGAGAAUGAAGAUGAUGACGAUGAGGAUAGUGAGAGUAAAAAUGAAUCAGAAUCUACCGAUGGCCAAAACAAUGAGGAUUACGGUGAUGGAAAUGUAAACGCUACUUCGACCGUCGGUGGUGGUGAAUAUGAGCAUACAACUGCCAGCACUCACGUUAUUACCUCGGCUUACAAGGAGCCCGAGUACAGCACAACGUCCAUCCCCGUCGUGGUUGUCUCUACUCCGGCCUACCAAACUCCAUCUACCACCGCCGUUCCGGUUUACAAGGAGCCCAAGUACAGCACAACGUCCAUCCCCGCCGUGGUUGUCUCUACUCCGGCCUACCAAACUCCAUCUACCACCGCCGUUCCGGUUUACGAAGCAAAAGAUAAAUUCUUGCCUUAUUGGCUGCGCCAGCGUAAUUACUAGAGUUCAUUUUAACGAAGAAAAAGUCUACACGUCUUCAUUUGAACGCUAAAUUUCCUACGGCCAAACUAAUCUUGUGCUACUUAUUGUAAUUGUAAUAUUCCUACUAAAUGAAAGAGAUAUAUCAGUUUUGCUAACAAUAAAGAAUUUUAUCCAGA